GCGGAGGAGCUGAGCUGAGAUUUCCCGAUCCCCAUUUCGCCCUUCCGCUCCGUAGAGAGAGAGAGAGAGAGAGAGAGAGAGAGAGAGAGAGAGAGAGAGAGAGGGAGAGCUGUGAUCCGGAUCGAUGGGGUCGAUGGCCGCGGCGGCGCCGGAGGAGACGGUGUUCCGGUCCAAGCUCCCCGACAUCGAGAUCCCUAGCCACCUCACGCUCCAGGACUACUGCUUCGAGAAGCUCCCCGAGGUGGCAGCCCGCCCCUGCCUCAUUGACGGGCAGAGCGGGGCGGUGUACAGCUACAGCGAGGUGGAGGAGCUCUCGCGGCGCGCGGCGGCGGGGCUGCGGCGGCUCGGGGUGGGCAAGGGCGACGUGGUGAUGAACCUGCUCCGCAACUGCCCCGAGUUCGCCUUCGUCUUCCUCGGCGCCGCCAGGCUGGGAGCGGCCACCACCACGGCCAACCCGUUCUACACCCCGCACGAGAUCCACCGCCAGGCGUCGGCGGCCGGCGCCAGGCUGAUCGUCACCGAGGCCUGCGCCGUCGAGAAGGUGCGCGGGUUCGCCGCCGAGCGCGGCAUCCCCGUGGUCGCCGUCGACGGGGACUUCGACGGCUGCCUCGCCUUCAGGGAGGCGAUGCUGGACGCCUCCAUCGAGCCCCUCGCCGCUGACGAGGAGGUCGACCCCGACGACGUCGUUGCGCUCCCCUACUCCUCCGGCACCACCGGGCUGCCCAAGGGCGUCAUGCUCACCCACCGCAGCCUCGUCACCAGCGUCGCCCAGCAGGUGGAUGGGGAGAACCCGAACUUGUACUUCCGCAGGGAGGACGUGCUGCUGUGCCUGCUGCCGCUGUUCCACAUCUACUCGCUCAACUCGGUGCUGCUGGCGGGGCUGCGAGCCGGGUCGGCGAUCGUGAUCAUGCGCAAGUUCGACCUGGGCGCGCUGGUCGACCUGACGCGGGCGCACGGCGUCACCGUCGCGCCCUUCGUGCCGCCCAUCGUGGUGGAGAUCGCCAAGAGCCCCCGCGUCACCGCCGACGACCUCGCCUCCAUCCGCAUGGUCAUGUCCGGCGCCGCCCCCAUGGGGAAGGACCUCCAGGACGCCUUCAUGGCCAAGAUCCCCAACGCCGUGCUUGGACAGGGAUAUGGGAUGACUGAGGCUGGACCUGUGCUGGCCAUGUGCCUGGCGUUCGCCAAGGAGCCAUUCGAGGUCAAGUCCGGUUCGUGCGGGACGGUUGUCAGGAACGCCGAGCUGAAGAUCGUCGACCCCGACACCGGCGCCACCCUUGGCCGGAACCAGUCAGGGGAGAUUUGCAUCCGGGGAGAACAAAUCAUGAAAGGUUAUCUGAAUGAUCCGGAGUCCACAAAGAACACCAUCGACAAGGGCGGUUGGCUGCACACUGGAGACAUUGGUUACGUUGACGACAACGACGAGAUCUUCAUUGUUGACCGGCUCAAGGAAAUUAUCAAAUACAAGGGAUUCCAAGUACCUCCUGCAGAACUUGAAGCUCUUCUCAUUACACACCCUGAUAUUAAGGAUGCUGCCGUUGUACCGAUGAUAGACGAAAUUGCGGGUGAAGUGCCAGUCGCGUUCAUUGUACGGAUUGAAGGAUCUGCGAUCAGCGAGAAUGAGAUCAAGCAAUUCGUGGCAAAGGAGGUUGUUUUCUACAAGAGGCUCAACAAAGUUUUCUUUGCGGAUUCAAUUCCAAAGAGUCCUUCUGGCAAGAUUCUCAGGAAGGACCUUAGAGCAAAGCUUGCAGCCGGCAUCCCUAGCAAUGACAAUACACAGUUGAAAAGCUAAAUCUGAUAAUAAUUUUCCACUUUAUACAAAAGUUUCAAAAUCAUGUAAUAUUCUUUAUGAAACGGUGAUAAUACGUAUAGAAGGGCAAUAUGGUUGAUUCUUUUAGAUUAAGUUAUACUUUAUUUGUAUGCAUUGCCUGUUAUGUGUACCGUGUCAUGUAUAGAUACCCUUUUUCUCAAAUUUUGACAAGGCUGAUUACAAUGUA